AUGGAUUUUGUCGGCCCAGUACCACAAUCGUUGAAAGGAAAUAAAUAUAUUUUGGUUUGUACGGACUAUUUGUCAAGAUUUUCCAUCACUCAAGCUACAGCUAAUUGCACUGCCGAUACUGCUGCAAAAUUUCUAGUUGAUAAAGUCAUACUACAAUAUGGAGUGCCUAAACAAUUACUGACUGGUCGUGGAACUCAUUUUAUGACAAAUGUCUUUAAAGCAGUUGCCUCUAGAUGUGGUGCUAAGCAUAUCACAACAACAUCUUAUCACCCGCAAUGUAAUGGUCUCACUGAGCACUUCAACGCAACUCUCGUGGAUUCAAUUGGAACUUACGUAAAUCAACAGCAAAGUGACUGGGAUGAUUAUCUAACGUAUAUUACAUUCGCAUACAAUACAUCUAAGCAAGCUACCACUCAAAUGGAACCAUUCAAAUUAAUGUACGGUAGAGAUGCAAUUCUUCCCUUCGAUAUUCCAAGUCAGAUUGCAAAGCCGUCUUCAGUCAAUGAUUAUUAUUCGCAAUUAGUUCGAUUUUUACAACAAGACAAGUCAACAGCAUGA